GUGUUCCAGUACCUGCGGGCGCUCCUGCCCGAGAGCGGGUUCAGCAUCCAGCGCUGCACCCGCUACAGCCGCGACACCAACGGGGCCAGGGUGGUCUCCACCCGCGCCUGGAAGAAGCACGAGAUGCUGGAGUUCCUGGGGGGCUGCGGAGUCGAGCUCCGGGGCUCCGACCGGGCGCUGCUGCGGGCGGGCGACAACGACUUCAGCCUCAUGUACUCGGCGCGCCGCAGGAGGACCCAGCUCUGGCUGGGGCCAGCCGCCUUCAUCAACCACGAUUGUCGCCCGAACUGCAGGUUCGUGUCGGGCCCGGGCGGGGCUCGGGUGCAGGCGCUGCGGGACAUCCCCCCCCGCACAGAGAUCACCUGCUUCUACGGGGACGGCUUCUUCGGGGAGGGCAACCGGGGCUGCGAGUGCCGCACCUGCGAGAGACGUGGCGAAGGCGCCUUCCGGCAGCGGGGGAGGCUCUCGGGGCCCCCCGCGGACCCCCCCCCCAAAUACGAGCUGCGGGAGACGGACGUGCGGCUGCAGCGGAGGAGGCGAGGAGGGCGGGCGGGACCCCCAGACGGCCCCCCGCCGCCGCCCCCCGCCGCCCCGCGGCCCCCGCCGCCGAGACCCCCAGGCGCUCCCCAGCCCGCGUGGCCCUCCACGACUGCGUGUCCUGCGGGAGGGGCUGCCUCCCCUCCGCACGGGGGUCCCCAGGAGUCUGCCUGGGGUCCCCACAACCCCGGCCCCCAAAACGGCCCCCGGCCCCUCCCUGCGACACCAACACCCCGACCCCAAGCUGUCCCUCUGCCCAUCGUCUGCCUGGGGGCCAUCCCCAAACCCGGGGAGGGGCCCGGGAGCCCCGCGCCUGCGGCUCGUGAGUGA